AUGUAUUUUUCUGGUAUAUUUGUUACGAUUACAGCGAUCGGUUACGCAUUUAUUACGAUUUUCUUUUGUGCGAAAUUAUUGCUGGACAUAUACUGGUUUAAAACUCUCAAAAGGUCACCUGAUUUAACACUUUUCUACUUUCGAUUUCUCAUGGAUAUCUUAUAUAGUAUCACAAUUAUAUUCUUCCUUUUAUCCAUCUUAAUUACCACGACCAGUUUCGAAGGAUUCUCUCGUCUUGAAGAAAUUUCAAUAUUUGUUCUAUUUUGGGCAAAGUACAUGAUUGGAUCUACCAGAGCCUUUUUGGCGUUUUUAAUUGCAUCUGAUAGAACAUGGGCCACCUAUUUCCCUCUUUACUUUUUCAAUUAUCGAAGUUACAUCCCAAACAUGUUCAUUGUUGCUCUCGUUUUCAUGUAUCCCUUAAUAGAUGGCUCAAUGUUGUUUAUUUACUGCGAAAAUGUCAUACAAAUUUCUCCAGGAUGCAAAAAUGCAGCUUGUGUUUUGUCGGAAUGCUAUUCACUUUAUUGGCUAGCCUAUGAAAAAGUAGUGUAUACUUCAAUUAUCGCAUUAUCAUUGUUGCUGUCUUUGAAACUAUAUGUCUGGAACAAAUACAAAAAUUUGACAAUUAGCUGGGAGCUAAAAAGGAUUAAUCGGCUUGCAUUAAUCGACACCUGCAUUAUUUUAGUUUUUGGCUUAAUACCACCAAUUAUUGUAUCUUAUACUCGCAACGCGUUUGAUUACAUCGGUCCUAUAAACACAUCGUUAAAAUUUUUGGGAUACGCUCUAGAGUCAUACCUGGUUUCUAGAAACUUAAGAAAACAUAAAGUGUGUAAAGUUUCCAGCAACUCACGGCAAAGUGGAAUAUUUAUUUCUUCUAAAUAG